UUCAGAUCCAUUUUUUCUGAUCGCACAUUACCGCGCAAAAAGUUUUCUGUUUAGUGAAUGAUAAACCCGAGACUCUGAAAGAGAGAGAGAGAGAGAAGAGAAGAAAAUUUCUUCAACCAAUUCAGAAACUGCAGAAAUGGAGGCUCCGCAAGGUGGAUCCGGAUCCGGACCCGGACCCGUGAGGGACAAAUCCAACACUCCCUCCUCUUCUCCGAUCUCCGUCGUCUGCACCUUCUGGAAAGAUUUUGAAUUGGAGAAGGAGAAGUCCAUAUUGGAUGAACAAGGGCUUCGUAUUGCAGAAAACCAGGAAAACAGUCAGAAAAAUAGGCGCAAGCUUGCAGAGAGCACUAGAGACUUCAAGAAAGCUUCGCAGGAGGAAAAGUUAAGUUUGUUUAAUACCUUGCUUAAGGGCUACCAAGAAGAGGUUGAUAAUCUAACUAAGAGAGCGAAAUUUGGAGAAAAUUCUUUUCUCAACAUCUAUCAAAAGCUUUAUGAAGCUCCAGAUCCUUAUCCAGCUCUUGCUUCGAUUGCUGAACAAGAUCUCAAGUUAUCUGAACUUGAAUCUGAGAACCGAAAAAUGAAAGUUGAGCUUGAGGAAUUCAGGACAGAGGCAACUCACUUAAAGAAUCAGCAGGCUACAAUACGAAGACUUGAGGAGAGAACUAGGCAAUUAGAGCAACAGAUGGAAGAGAAAGUGAAAGAAAUUGUCGAGAUUAAGCAACGCAGUCUGGCAGAAGAAAACCAGAAAACUAUGGAAGUUUUGAAAGAAAGGGAACAAGCACUGCAAGACCAGUUGCUGCAUGCCAAAGAUAGUGUUUCCAAUAUGCAGAAAUUGCAUGAACUUGCACAAAAUCAGUUGUUUGAACUCCGUGCCCAAUCUGAUGAAGAGAGGGCAGCUAAGCAAUCAGAGGUCAAUCUUCUGAUGGAUGAAGUUGAGCGAGCACAAACAAUGCUUCUUAGUUUGGAAAGAGAGAAGGGGGUUCUCCGAUCUCAGUUACAAACUGCAAAUGAAGAUACUGAAAUUAAGAAAAGUGAUAAUUUGGACUCAAAUAGUGCACUUGAGAAUUCUUUAAAUGCCAAAGAGAAACUAAUCUCUGAAUUGAACAUGGAGCUCCACAAAAUUGAAACAACCUUAUCAAAUGAAAGAGAAGAACACGUGAAUGAAGUAAAGAAACUUACUGCAAUGCUCAAUGAAAAGGAGGCUGCUGUUGAGAUGAUGAAGAAAGAGCUUCAAGCUAGGCCAACAGAAAAAACGGUAGAUGAUCUGCGCAAGAAAGUGAAAAUUUUGCAGGCGGUGGGUUAUAAUUCAAUUGAGGCUGAAGAUUGGGAAGUGGCUACAAGUGGGGAGGAGAUGAGCAAGAUGGAGUCUCUUCUUCUUGACAAGAACCGUAAAAUGGAACAUGAGCUAACACAGUUGAAGGUCACACUUUCUGAGAAAACAUCAUUACUGGAAACGGCAGAACAGAAGAUAAUAGAAUUUACAGCAAAGGUUAACGAACAACAAAAAUUGAUACAGAAAUUGGAAGAUGAUAUAUUGAAGGGAUAUAGUUCCAAUUCAAAAGAUCAGAAAGGAACCUUCCUUGAAGACUGGGAUCUUUCAGAAGCUGGUGGGGGUGAGGCUUCUGAGAAUACAGCAGGCCAAAGGCAAGUAUCCUUAGACCAUGAUCAGAGCUCAAUGCUUAAAGUGAUCUGUAAUCAGAGAGAUCGAUUUAGGAAACGCUUGCGAGAGACAGAAGAGGAAAUAAGACAGUUGAAGGAGAAGAUUGGAGCACUAACAGUGGAACUGGAAAAGACCAAAGCUGAUAAUGUCAAACUAUACGGGAAGAUUCGUUAUGUACAAGAUUAUAAUCUUGAGAAAGUGGUUUCUAGGGGUUCUAGAAAGUAUGCAGAAGAUCUUGAAACUGGUUUCUCGUCAGAUGUUGAAUCUAAAUACAAGAAGAUAUAUGAGGAUGAUAUAAAUCCUUUUGCUGCAUUCUCUAAAAAGGAAAGGGAUCAAAGAUACAAGGAACUGGGAUUCAGGGACAGAAUUACACUCAGCAGUGGACGUUUUCUCCUUGGUAACAAGUAUGCCCGGACAUUUGCAUUCUUUUAUACCAUUGGAUUGCAUGUCUUGGUCUUCACCUGUCUCUAUCGAAUGUCUGCUCUGAGUUAUCUGAGUCAUGGCCCAGAGGAAUUCCUGAUUGGAGAGAGAACCAUUGAUCUUCCACGUACACCGUAGUGGGUAUGCGACUCAAUUUGAGUGGUCGUUUUCUCAAAUUGAACGGUGCACAUGGUGGGUAUACAACCCCUUUUCAGUGGUCAUUUUUAACUUGACGGAACGAGAGCAUGUUGUCAAUAUUUAAGUAUCAAAUUUAUUGUACAUAUAACUGUUGUUUUACUCUACACUUUUGCAAUGAAAU